UAAAGGUAAUGAUGAGGAUUCAUUUCGCUCUUUGGCUCUAUCUUUCGAGAUACUCGUUGGUAGCCGCACAAUUAGCACCAGGAUGCGAAGAAGUUUGUAGUUGUUGCAAAAACGAUAGUUAUUGUAAUGCUGAGAAUUCAAACAAUGUCUGCCUAGGUAGUUGUGUUGAUACGGUCUGGGGUCAUAGAUGCCGCCACCGCUGUAUGAACAAUUGUCAAGUAUGUUCACAAGCUACUGGUAAUAUUUGCUAUGAAUGUAAGGACACAUAUUACGACAAGGUUACCCAUUGCAACAAGAGCUGCUCCGUUGGUCGUGUCGGUGGCAAUUGUCAUGACGACGGAUCUUGUAUAUGUUUGGACAAUUUUGAAGGCGUUAAAUGUGAUAAGUGCAUUGUUGGGAAGUACGGCGAAAAAUGUACAAACGUUUGCAUAACUCCUUACUGUCGAUGUUCUGAAAAAUAUAAAUGUGUGUCAUGCAAAGUGGGCCACUACGGCCCUAUCUGUGAACACGAAUGUUCUACGGGUUGUCUAAACGACGGAUGUUCCAAAAACUCCGGGGAUUGCAAUAACGGAUGCAUCUUAAAUCAUUACGGAUCCAGAUGUGAGAACGAAUGUCCUCAAACGUGCAAGCCGUCCGAUUUAAGCUUGAGGUGCAACGGAACGGGGAAAUGCUUAAACGGGUGCAUUGACGGUUAUUCGGGGAACAAAUGUGAUUCAUAUACGAAGGAAGUAUUUUCCCAGUCCGGACCUGCACAAGGCCUUACCACCGGUGUUGGUGUCGGAAGUUUCCUUGCUGGCGUGAUUGUUGCCGUUGUCGUUGUAGUAAUCCUAUUUAGACGCAGAACUGCUGGUGCAAACGCAACUGAGAGAGAAAACGCGUUUACAAACUUGUCAGCAAUAAAAGUUCACGAUGAUUCUAGAAUCGAUGGCAUUUACGCGACUCCGAUAGAAGGCGACCAAGCAGAGCACAAGUAUGAACUAUGAUCCCUGGCGGUUGUCAUCGAAUGGGCAAAGCAAGGACAACGAUAUAAACGAUAUUAAAAGCGUCCAUGUAUAUAAUAAUCAGUAACAUAUUUGUGUAAAAUGCUUUCAUCGUAACACUUGAUGAGACGUUUUCAACGUAAAUGUUUCGAAUAAUGUUGGCAUAUUAUCUGUAUAUCAAGGCACAUACCAUACGAUCGCUUUCAUUCGAUUCCAUAUAUCUGAGCAGUUAUACUAUACAUUUAGGGAAAGUUUAUACAUUAUUGCAAGUGAAAUGUGACACCUUCUAUAAUAUAAACUGAACUUCUUGAUAUUAUGAUAUUUUGUCGUACGAUCGUUGAUAAGCAGACCACCCGCACAAAACAAAAUCAGACUACACUGACCAUUUAGUUUAAUCAAUUGAUUAUUUGUUUUGUUCUUGUUCCAAUCUUUCAUAUAAUCCUAUGAUACAUACAAUUGUUUCUAUGUACAAUAUAUAAAAUUUAUUUGUUGGUAUCAGUGUAAGAUCGUAUUUAAAUUUCAAUUAAUUUACUUUCCUAGCAACUCAUAUUUGGUGUUUUCUAAGCUACUACCCGUGGGAAUCAAAAUUUUAAAACGAAAAUAUCAAAUCGAUAUUAACACUGUUGUUAUUUCAAUGACUUAACUCUAUAUUUUUAUCGAAAAGCAUGAAUGGUGUUUACUUAUAUUGGAAACUUUGUAGUUAAUAAAUAUAAUCAUUUAUA